AUGGCUUCUCCUACUUCGCCCACAUCUCCAACAAGCAGCGCUGCAUCGAGGGCCUCGUUCGACCCGGACAGCAACCAGUCGCUCACCCUCGAGCAUCUUGUGAACCACUUUGUGGCCGCCAAACGCUCACUCAACACACAGACAGUCCUAUGGCGGGCGACGGACAUUGUCAGCACCGCGCGCGAGCUGCUCGAGGAGAAUGCCGUCCUUGCCGCCAAGAACACGGCGAUACGCAACAUUGUAGAGCAGCAGGUCGACUCGCUGGAAGCUGUGCGCCGCGGCAUGGAUGUGGUCGAGGCUGAGGUGCAGACCGAGUUCAAGCAGAUACUGCACCAUGUCGACACGUCGUUUGCCGGCCUCAACUCCACGCUUGCUGUUCUGCGCGAGACGCCCAUCGAGGCCGUCCUGCAGCCCCAGGGAACCCCUCAGAAGCACCUCUACGACUUCAUCGACAGCGCCACCGUCUCCAACCUCGAGGCUACACUGCGCGCCUGCAUCGACCGCUACAACGAGGCGCAUGCCACGCUCGACGAAAGUUCCGAUGCCUUUGACACUUCGCUCGAUAACCUCUACUCGUCUAUCGAUAACGUCCCCAUGACGCCCACCACUAUCUCGGCCCCGAGCCCAAUACCCACCCUGUACCACAAUCUCGAAGGACACGCCAAAGAAGCCGCACAGGCCUUCCAGUCACUGGUCCAGCACUACGAUCUGUGCAUUACAGCUUUGCGACACACGGAAGGCGGGUCUGCUGCUGCCACGCAGGCUACAGGCGAUGCGCCCAUGUACUCUGCCGACGACGGUGCUGCGCCACCCGAGCCCAUGAGCGAGGACGAGCGAUGCGACAUGCUCAACGUGCUGCAAAAGGAUGCGCGCCAAGUCGAGGAUGUCGUGGCAGAGAUACAGGAAAGAGGCUCGGAAAUGACGUUCCUCCUCAGCCAGAUUGAGAACCAUGUCAACCACCUCCGCAGCGAGGCAUCGGCUUUGUCGAGCAUAUUGCAAAUGAUUGCACACAUUACAGUCGAGGUCAGGCGUCAUAUUGCCACAUCGCGCGCCUUCCACGUCUCAUGGCUACAAGACACGCGGCCCAAUCUGCUCAACGGCAUCGACGAGUGGGAGAACCAGCGGGAAUUCUACGAACGCUUUGACCUUGCGUAUGCCGAGCUCUUGGUCGAGAUCUCGUCACGGCGCAGAAGGCACGAGAAGGCCAAGCGCAAGGCAGAAGAGGCGCAAAAGGAGCUGGACCGGUUGCGUUUAGAAGACGAGCGCGCGAGAGAACAAUUUACCUUGGCGCAGGGAGACUUUCUGCCACUAGACAUAUGGCCGGGACUGAGGGAUCCGCCGAGACAGUACCAAGUCCGAGCUGUCCCGAUUGCCACGGACAAGCAGGACGACAACAUGCAAGAUGACGAUGGGUGGGGCGAGGGCGGUGGGGUUCAGAGCAUACCACAGCUCGGCAGGAAUGUUGUCGAACGGGCGCUGAUGAGGGUGAAGAGGCGCAUGUAG